AACAUCAAUUCAGGCCUUACGCCCUGAUAAGCUGUCGCGUAUUCUCUCCGCGAACAAAACCCUAUUCCGUCAGGAUUGCACCGUUUUAAGGUUUCGCAAAACCUCAUCUUUCAAGGUUGCAGACCCAUUCCUUACUUCGGCGUAGGUAUACGUUCAUCAUCUUCAACCAUUUCUUUCCGGGAAAAGGAAAAUCAUUAAGCAAUAGCCAUUAGGGCUUUCUAGUUCUGAAGCAUGAGGACGCGAAAGACAGAUUCGCCCAAAUCUGGUCCUGGGAAGAAGGCGGCGCAAGCCAAGAAGGAGGUGGCGGCUGCGGAGAAAACACCAGAAGUGACGCCCAAAUCCGCGCCAAAAUCGACACCUAAAGCAUCGGGGACGAAGGCGGCCAGGGGGAAGCAGUCGACACCCAAAGCUGCCGCGGUCGCCGAGGCCACCGAAGCCAACGUGGUGGUCGCUGCCGUUAUCACUGACUCUGAAGAGAAUACUGUUGAAGUGCCGGAGAAAUCACUUGAGAAGAAGGUACGUGCUAAAGCAAAGACACCGCAGGGUGGGAAGGUGGCCGGUAUUUCCGCCCCCAAAGAGACGGAAACUACGGAAGAGACCUCCGCCAAAAUAAAAGUGGAAAAGAUCAAGGAAGAUGUAGAGGAGGGUUUGCAGUCUGUCGGUACCGCUAUUUUGCAAGAAGAGUUGGUAAAGCUUGAGGAUACAUCCGACAAGAAGCAUGAGGCAGACGAUAUGGUGGUUUCUGGGGAAGGGCCAGAGAUUGAGGAAGAGAUCAAGCAAGAAAGUAGCGCGGCCAUAAAGGAUGCACCUGAAGCUAGUCCGGAAGUGAAUAAUGAAACUGCAACUUACCCAAAUGUCGAUGAAUCAUAUUGUAAAAAUGAAAAAGAUGCUUUUGAGGACCAGCAGAUAGAGGAAGAAGUAGAGCGGGAUAGCUUGAAGGAAACUGGUGUGGAGGUUCCAACUGCAGAGAGAGGAGAAGGAGAAGUAGAAGGAGAGGACUUGGAAGUGGUGGGGGAUGAUGAAGAAGGCCCCAAGCUAGACGUGGAGGAGCAGCUUCAAAUUUCUGAUAUGGCAAAAGCAAGAAAGAUAAAAAAGGAACAGGAGAUAUUUGUUGGCGGUCUGGACCGGGAUGCUGUGGAGGAUGAUUUAAGGAAAGCGUUUGAAAAGGUUGGUGAAGUUGUCGAGGUGCGGUUGCACAAGGACUAUGCUACUAACAAAAACAAGGGCUUUGCUUUUGUUAAGUUUGCUAACAAGGAACAUGUGGCCAGGGCUCUUGAACAGAUGAAAAACCCUUUGAUACGCGGAAAGCGCUGUGGCAUUGCACCCAGUGAAGAUAAUGACACUCUUUUCUUAGGGAAUAUCUGCAAUACUUGGACUAAAGAUGCUGUCAAGCGCAAGCUAAGAGACUACGGCAUAGAGUCAGUUGAGGGUAUAACACUUGUUCCAGACACACAAAACGAAGGCUUGAGUCGGGGCUUUGCCUUCCUUGAAUUUGCUUGCCAUGCAGAUGCAAUGGCUGCCUACAAGAGGCUCCAGAAGCCAGAUGUGAUUUUUGGCCAUCCUGAAAGGACAGCGAAAGUAGCUUUUGGUGAGCCGCUACGUGAACCUGACCCAGAAGUCAUGGCUCAGGUGAAAUCAGUGUUUAUUGAUGGGCUACCACCUUACUGGGAUGAAGACCAAGUUAAGGAGCAUUUUAAAAGUUAUGGAGAGAUUGAGCGGGUUGUCCUUGCACGAAAUAUGUCAACUGCCAAACGAAAGGAUUUUGGGUUUGUAAAUUUUACAAACCAUGAAGCAGCUGUAUCAUGCGUUGAGGGUGUUAAUGACACUGAACUGGGUGAUGGAAAAUCUAAGAUGAAAGCCAGAGCUAGGCUCGCAAAUCCUCUGCCAAAAACUCAGGCUGUGAAGGGUGGAAUGAGCGGUGGGUUUCGCAUUGGGCAUAAUGGCAUUGGAGUUUAUUCUAGAUUUGGUAGGGGCUUUGGUAGGGGCAGGUUUCCUUCCAACAGGGCAGGGUUUCAGGGCGGCAGGGGUUUUUAUCCACGUGGUCGUGGUAGGGGAGGAAGGUUUUCUCAUGCAUCUGAUGAUGUUGAAAUGCCAUAUCCUGAAUUUCAUGGCUGGAGGCCUUACGGAGUCCGAGGAGGCAGAAGAGGUUCUACAUCUGGAAGGGUUGGUGCUUUUGAUAGAGGUCUUGGCAGAGGAUUUCCGUCUAGAAGGCCGCCUUAUACCCCAGAAGGGGAUUUUGGUGGACAUUUUGGUACCACACAAUUUGGGGAAGAUCCUUACUAUUAUGGUGGAGGACGUGGAGGACUUAAGCGUCCGUUUUCUGUGAUGGAGCAAGAUUCUAGUUACCUUGAACCUACUAGUAGAAUACGUCCUCGUUAUGAUCAUCCUGACCCACUCUCCGUUGCUCCUCGUUAUCGAGAUUCUCUGGGAACGUCUAGUUUAUAUUCACGUGAUUACUAUGGUUCUGAUUACGGUGGUAGCUCAUAUUCAUCUUUCUAUGGAGGAGAGCCUUCUGGAGGUGGUUAUUAUUAUUAGACGAAAUCUGAAGAUUCAGAGUGUGCCGGCAGAUGAAGGGAUAUGAGGGACAUCCUUCGAUGUCAAAACCAUCACUUUUGUUGAUUGCAACGCUUAUUUAUUAUCAUAUUUGAGUCGUUUCUUCUUCUAUCAUGAAUAUGCUAAUGUCAGUUAGUCGCAGGUUAUUUUCCUAUGAGUGACUUAGGUUUCAGAUUAUAUGAUGACUUUGAUGUCUGGAAUAGGACUUCUGUCAUUAUAUGAUGACUUUGAUUGGAAUUAGAGCUUUUACUUGAAGUUUUUGGGUUUGUAAUUCUGGAGUCAGUCAAACAUAAGAUGACAUACAUGUGGCUUCUUUAUGAUAUUUUUUGGGAAAACUUAUAACAGAUGAUAAUACUGAUAUGUUGGCGUUCAUUCAACUAUUUAGUUAUCCUUUUGGUUCUUGAUUAUGGAGUGGUGAUCGAAAGUUGCCUCUGGUGUGGUGAAUUCCUUGUCAUUUACUGAGGUGAUACAGGGAAUGACUAAUUUUAUGCAUCUACAAGGAAAAAUAGUAGGAAGAUUUCAAUAUUUUGUCAUUAUUGUUCAGCUGAGAAGAAAAAUAUGUAUGAUCUCCAUCAUCGGCAGUUGAGGCCUUUCACCAAAGAGGCUUAUAUGUGUGAGGCAAAACCAUUGUGAUUGUUCUUGUGGCUUUUAAGAGGGCUUAAUUUUUUUGAAGGCCAUUAUAAAAGUAAAUUAUUCCUGCAUUGGUAUUUGAUCAUUGGGAUGACCUAGGCUAUUUGCUGUAGAUUGGAGUAAAUUUGUAUGCAAUGUGGAAUCUCUGAUGAUCAUCUUUCUUAAUUCAGUUUUACCUGAUACUUUGUUACUUUGAUUUGUUAUUGGAGCUAGAAAUACCACUUCGUUCUGUUGACAUGACAAUAUCAUUGUAUUUUGGACAUCCUUUCGAAGGAGAAAUAUGACUCUUUUUAUGUUAGGUUUUGACCGUUGUGGAGUACAAUUGCUCUGUACAAAGUUUACUGGCAGGUAUUUAAUAGAUGGGCUAUGAUUUUAGCUUAUGGAAUUGUCAUGUGUUAAAAGUUGUGGUUGAUGAUCAAUUUGGAGUACGUGCAAUUUCCAGUUUUCACUUGGAAGGAUAAUUUUUUAACCAAGUUUGUCUGUUAUACUGGUUGGAUUUUUUCCUCUUUGGUUAUGUGGCCAAAAUGUUUUUCACCGAAUCAUUUAGCAUUAGUUAAUUUAAAAUUUCAUUACUAUUCUUUUUUUGUGUACUACAACAACAGUUCCAAUAACUCUCUAUUAUUGAUUUCUUAAAUUAACAUUUCAUCUUCUUUGAUAUCUUUGUCCUCAAAUUGAAGUUUAUUUCAUUUUUUUUUCUAUGACCUUAGUUAUUUUAUGUAUUUUUCUUUUUCUUUCCACCUAACCUACAUGCAGAUGUUCUAGAGCUAUAGUUGGACUAUGAUUUCAUCUUCUGGUGCUCAAGCACAUGCGCAGUGUUGUGCUUGGUGACAAUCUGAAGUACGUUUAAUUUCUUGUCACUUGACAGGAUAUGUUUUAAAUAAAGGUGUUGAUGCUGUUGGUGGUUGAGAUGGAGAUGGGGAGGGGGAGAAAUGGGGUUGUUGUUGAGCAGGAAUGGCGAUGCUGACUGCACUGCUUACCUUUGAUGUUGGAUGCAUACUGCAGGUCUUAAGUGCUACAUGAAGGAGAAGAAAAUUCACUUGCCUGUUGAUGUUCCCUGGUUAGUGCUGGUAGUUAAUGUAUUCAUUCUUGUCUUAUGUUUUUUAAUAUUUUUUUAUAUUCUGGGCGGUAGAAUUUUUUUUGUGCGAUUUAUAAACAUGAAAUAAGUACAAAUUCUAAAUACUACUUCCUUCUUGGUUUUAGAAAAAAAAAAAAAAAAUCAGAUUUCCUUUCUAUUA